AUGAGGAAUAUCCCUUUUCCGUUCAAGACUGGGGUCCAUUUCCUCGGCAUAACAACGAACGUCGAGGCGGAAGGCGCCCGUAGCUUAUAUGAGUUCUUCUAUUGCGUCACAAUGCGCUUCUACCAAAGCAACAAAAGCUCCGCCAUCCCUGUCUUCAUUAAGGAUAAAAGUCGACAGAGCCAUCUUUUCAAACCCUGCGGAGCUCUACUUAAAAUUGACAUCUUUGUAAAGAAACAUAAUACUGUACUGUUAUCGCUUCAUUUGUUACCGUAA